AUUUAUUCCACGAGUGUCAUCAACAAAAGGUGUUCACAGUGUGCCAUCUUUCAACUGAGAAGGACUGAAAGGCAAGGCAGAAGCAUUAGCUAAGAGGUAAAUCCAAUCCAGGUAGGAAGCAACACCGGUACUUGGAGAUGCUUUCGCUCACUCUUACCCUCUUAAGGUGAGGGUAUCCCGUACAAUAAUGACAUUCAGAGUUGGAGAGCGGGCGAGUCGAGUGUCCUUUCGACUCUGCAGACUCGACGGGAGGGACCCUGGAAAAUCUUAAUUAGAACCGGUCUCCAUGGCAACUGUCUCUAGGCAGCGUGGGCUGAGCUCUCGGGAGGGCUAGAAGAUGGGCCGCCAGUGGACCCCGUGCGCGCGCCCGCCACCAACUUUCCCUCCAGACCCGAGAGGGGCGCGCGGCGCGCUCCGCCCCCGCCUCCGGGCCGCGCACGUCCGCGCUCGGCGGCGCGCACGCCUGCGGGAGCCCUCUCCAGGCAACCCGGUGCUGAUCGCUCCAGCCCGUGCGGCCGUUAACCGCCCUUGCGGGAGCCCGAGGCUCGAAAGCAAGCCCCCUCCUCUUCCUGAGCGGCUCCCCACCCCCUUCCAGGUCGGCCCCGGGGCAUGAGCAGCGAUGGCCGGCUGUAGCCCCGAGGAGAAAACUUACCGGCGCUUCCUGGAGCUAUUCCUGGGCGAGUUUCGCGGACCCUGCGGUGGCGGCGAACCCGAGCCGGAACCCGAACCCGAGUCGGAGCCCGAGCCUGAGUCGGAACUGGGAGCCGCUGAGGCGGCUGAGGCUGCUUCGGUCGAGGAACCUGGCGGGGAGGCGGCCCCCGUAACUGCGACGGAGGAAGGGGAGCCCGAGCCGGAGCCCGACCCCGAGCCCGAGGAGGAGGCGGUGGAAGAGGAACCGGCGGCCGCGGCGGCGGCGGAGGGUGAGGAGGAGGAGGAGGAAGAGGAGGAGGUGGUGGUGGUGGAGCAGGAGGAGGUGGAGGCGCCCGCAGCCCCGGGGCAGUCGGCCGUGCCGCCGCCGCCGCCACCGCCGCCGCAGCCCCAGCUGCCGCCGCUGCCUCCGCUCCCGCGGCCGCUGUCGGAGCGCAUCACCCGCGAGGAGGUGGAGGGCGAGAGCCUGGACCUGUGCCUGCAGCAGCUCUACAAAUAUAAUUGCCCUUCCUUUUUGGCUGCUGCUUUAGCUAGAGCCACAUCAGAUGAAGUCCUUCAGAGUGAUCUGUCUGCACAUUACAUCUCAAAAGAAACAGAUGGCACAGAAGGGACAGUGGAGAUUGAGACAGUGAAAUUGGCCCGAUCUGUCUUCAGCAAACUACAUGAUAUUUGCUGCAGCUGGGUGAAAGACUUCCCUCUCCGCAGGAGACCCCAGCUUUAUUAUGAGACAUCAAUCCAUGCCAUCAAAAACAUGCGCAGGAAAAUGGAGGACAAACAUGUCUGCAUUCCUGACUUUAACAUGCUCUUCAACCUAGAGGACCAGGAAGAACAAGCUUACUUUGCAGUGUUUGAUGGCCAUGGGGGAGUGGACGCCGCCAUUUAUGCAUCCAUUCACCUGCACGUCAACUUGGUGCGCCAGGAAAUGUUCCCGCAUGAUCCGGCCGAGGCGCUGUGCCGGGCCUUCCGCGUCACCGACGAGCGCUUUGUGCAGAAAGCCGCCAGGGAGAGCUUAAGAUGCGGGACCACAGGCGUGGUGACCUUUAUCAGAGGCAACAUGCUCCAUGUGGCCUGGGUGGGUGAUUCCCAGGUUAUGCUUGUCAGAAAGGGCCAAGCUGUUGAGCUAAUGAAGCCACACAAACCGGAUAGAGAGGAUGAAAAGCAGCGGAUUGAAGCCCUUGGAGGCUGUGUGGUCUGGUUUGGUGCCUGGAGAGUGAAUGGAAGUCUGUCGGUCUCCAGAGCGAUUGGGGAUGCUGAACACAAGCCAUAUAUUUGUGGGGAUGCAGAUUCUGCCUCUACUGUUUUGGAUGGAACUGAAGACUACCUCAUUCUGGCUUGUGACGGCUUCUACGACACCGUGAACCCUGAUGAGGCAGUGAAAGUUGUAUCUGACCACCUGAAGGAGAAUAAUGGAGACAGCAGCAUGGUUGCCCACAAAUUAGUGGCAUCAGCUCGAGAUGCUGGGUCAAGUGAUAACAUCACUGUCAUUGUGGUAUUCCUGAGGGACAUGAACAAAGCUGUAAAUGUUAGUGAGGAAUCAGAUUGGACAGAGAACUCUUUCCAAGGAGGGCAAGAAGAUGGUGGGGAUGAUAAGGAAAAUCAUGGAGAGUGCAAACGCCCUUGGCCUCAGCACCAGUGUUCAGCCCCAGCCGAUCUAGGCUAUGAGGGGCGCGUGGAUUCAUUCACUGAUAGAACUAGCCUGAGCCCAGGGUCCCAAAUCAACGUGCUGGAAGACCCGGGCUACCUAGAUCUCACACAGAUAGAAGCAAACAAAUCUCAGAGUGCCCAGAUUUGGCCACCAGUUGAAAUGUUUGGUCCUGGUGCACCAAAGAAAGCCAGUCUUAUUAAUGAGCUAAUAAUGGAGGAAAACUCAGUUCAAUCAUCAUUGCCUGAACGGAGUGGUGUCGGAGAAUUCCCCUCUUCAUUUAUUGUGGGCUCAAAAGGGCAGCAGACAUACAGAAUGGAGAAUUUCUCUCCUGUCUAUUCUAAGCUGAAAAAUGAACAGUUCAUGUUCCUGGGAAAGAGGGUGUCUAGAUUGUUUCAUUUACGCCACCACUAUUCCAAGAGGCGAAAUGGAUUCAGGUUUAACACAAAGUUUUACUCAUUUCUCUCUGUUCGAGAGUCUUCCCAUAAAACAGGCACCAGCCUGUCCUCACUUACUCAAAGUGGGAAGAGAAAUAGGGUGGUAAGAAGUUCUGUACCCUGGAGACAAAAUAGUUGGAAAGGGUAUAGUGAAACCAUGAGGAAGUUCAGAAAGACUGAUACUCCUUGCCCAGAUUUUCCCUGGAGUUACAAAAUAUAGUAUUUUCUCUUAAAAGUAGACGCUAGCUAGCUCUCCCCAAUUAACAAAUCACUAUCAGUAGAAACAAGGUAGACAUUUUUGAAAUAUGUGCUUCAUUAUGAAAUCAUGGAUGGCUCAAUUCUUAAAUGUAAAUAGAUCUCUAGGAAUCUCAAAAUAACAGUGUUUUCAACAACAACAACAAAAAAAAACGUAUUGGCAGUUUCACUAGCAAAAUUCUACAGCUGGUCCUUGUGAUGUGUCCACACAUACAGUCCCCACCCCACUACCCUUUCAGUGCCAUUAGUGGAAACUUACUAGUUUUUCCAAUCAGGAUAUAGUGUUGAAAGCUCAAUGCAGAUGAAAUAUGGUCUGAUGUGCCUAUAUGUUAAGGAAAUUUAAUGAAGAAUUAGCUUCAGUUGGGAAUGCUCCUCAAAGAAGGAAAUCCCUAACCCACACCAUUUUUUGGGGGAAGGGUUGUAG